AUGCGCUCUCGCUACUCCGCUCUUCGUCUCCCCUCUUCCCCCAGUUGUUCAUCCUCACAAUGUCUUCAUCGACCGCUCCAUACCACUCGCCUCCAGUACAGUGAACAUGCCAUCUUCAGCAGCAGUCUGGAGAAAACUCUCAAUGCCCAUCGAUCCGCAAAUCGAGCCAGUCUCAUCCGCAAGGUCAUCGACGACAGACCCCCAACCGGAAUCUAUCGUCCUGUCAUCCCUCCCGAGCAUCGUGCCGGUCAUGAGCUCUCCAGAUCACAGGGACUCGCCUCUGAUGGUAUUGAGUCACAGCCAACCCAGGCUUCUGUGCCCAUAAAAAGGAUGCGGAAACGUCCCAUCCCUUCAGAGAACAGUGACGCAUCGCACUCCCGGAAAAUCUUAGACCACCAGUUGCAAUUCCGCGUCGACGAAACCCGAAGUCGACCCGAACAGCAACCGUGGCUGGAACUCAUGGACCCAAUGCACAGCCCAUUCGAUGCCACCUCAUAUCUCGAUGCAGAGAUCCGCGCACUGGAGAAAUACCUGAUACCAACCUCGUCGGAACAGAAGCGCAUCGACCAAAUUCUGGCAGACGUGGGUGACUUGCUCACCGGAAUCGUCCCCAGCCCACCUCAGGUAAUUGGCUCAUGGCGGAAUCAAUUCGCAUUGAGCCACUCGGAUCUGGAUUUUGUGGUGCCCGUGCCUGAUUCGGACCGGUCCGUGCAAGACAUUCGCAAGCCCAGUGCGACUCGGCCCAAGAUGCUCACAACCUACCACAAGCUGCUGUGCCAGGUCGAGCACGCUCUGCAGCAAUCCCCAUCGUUUGAUGGUAGGGUCGAUAUCCUAGGCAAUCGUUCCCCGGUCCUCACGGCUACUCAUCACCCCACCGGCCGUCGGUUACGCUUCUACUGCGGCGAGGGCCCGCCAGCCUCAAUUGAGUACAUCAUGGACUAUCACGCAGAAUACCCUUCCAUCCGCCCCCUUUACGCAACAGCCCGCUUGAUUCUCGAGGCUCAGGACAGCUACGGCCGCCACCGGUCGUCCAUCGGCUCCGACGCCCUCGUCAUGCUUCUCGUCGCCUUCCUCAAGAUGAACCACGGCCGGUUCCGGCGACCCGACUGCCUCGGCGAGCAACUGCUCGCGUUCCUACGCACUUACGGCACGACCGUCGACCUGACCACUACCGGCGUCGCCGUCGACCCCCCAAGCUGGUUCACUGCUGCCUCAAUCAAGGACGCCGCGCUUCGGUACGCGUCCGACGACAUCCCCGCCCAUCUCCGCGGCCAGCGCUCGCUCAUCAACCUCAAGCGCACCGCCGCCGCCCGCCGCAAUCUGCCCGCCGCCGCCCGUCUCUGCGUCCAGGAUCCCACCAACUACAUGAAUGACCUGGGUCGCGGCUGCUUGCGCACGGUGGACCUGCAGCAGGCGUUGGCGCGCGCGUACGAUCGUCUCCGUGACCGGCUUCAUCGCAGCGAAACGGAAGACCAGGGUUCCUCGAUGAGUAUCCUCACGCACGCGUUGCGAGCCAACUUUGAUGAAUUCGAGGCACUUCGCUCCCGGAUGGCUUUGGCGCAGUAA